AUGUUACGUCCAUAUCUGGCUUUUCCACGGAGUUUCCGACUAAUACUGCGCCCUGUGGCUCUUGCGUCGAAAGUCACUUCUCUGAGCUCUGCUCCUUGGCUGACCGGAACAAGGCUCUCUUCUUCUGGGACCCAAUGGAAAAGCCGCCAAGGUCGCGAUGCCUAUGUCCGUCAUGCCAAGAUUGUCCCAUCCUCAUAUCCCCGCCAUCCCUUCAUAGUAUUAAUACGAACAAAAGAUCGACGCAAAGGAUAUGCGCCGGGCAGCUGGUCACAAGUUGCAGUUGAUCGCACUCGACCUCAUGGCCGUGUUAUCGGUAUCGACCUUAUACCCGCUCAACCUCCUCAGGGCGUUGCAGCAUUCCAAGGAGACUUCCUAUCUCCCGUAGUUCAAAAACUUGUCAAGGAGUUCAUUGCUCAAAGCCAUGGCGGCAGACCUCUUAAGGCCGAGAGAAAUAAUGUUGAUGAAGAUGACGACAUGCUUCCAGAGAAUACCAUCAUCGACCAGCCGAGCUACAUUGAUCGAGAGAGACACUCAACAGAGAGCAGAGGCCCUCCGUCUAGUAGCACACCGGCAGACUCGAAUUCGAGAAAUCUUGUAGAUGUCGUGUUAAGUGAUAUGUCAGCACCAUGGGAACAAGUCUCUGGAUAUAGUUCAAGGAGUUUAAGUAACCCUUAUGACAGGCUGAUGAACACGAGCGGCAUUGCGUCUCGAGAUCAUGCAGGUAGCAUGAACCUUUGCGAAGCGGCACUUCAUUUUGCCAGCGACACGCUCAAACCCGGCGGCCAUCUUGUCUGCAAAUUCUAUACAGGAUCAACGGAUAAAAGAUUGGAGCAGCAACUCAAGGUACUGUUCUCAGAGGUGUACAGAGAGAAGCCAGAAUCAUCCAGAUCAGAGAGCAAAGAAGCUUAUUUCGUUGCCCUCUAUAGAAAAGCAAAGGCUACUAUUGAGCACUAG